AUGUCGUCUAAACCCCAAAUCGGCUUCUGCGGCCUAGGAGCAAUGGGCAUGGGUAUGGCCACGCAUCUCGUCAAGCAAGGCUACCCUGUAACCGGUUUCGACGUUUAUCCUCCUUCGCUGGAGAAGUUCCAGGCUGCGGGCGGCACACCAUCAACAUCACUCUCAGAUUCUGCAAAAGACAAGCCUUUCUAUAUCGUCAUGGUCGCAUCGGCUAUGCAAGCUCAGCCCGCGCUUUUCGACAAAGACGGCAUUGUGAACGCUUUGCCCAAGGGAGCGACACUCUUGCUGUGCUCGACAGUACCAAGUGCGUACGCGAAGAGUGUAGAGAAAGAGCUGGUAGAUAUCGGCCGCGAUGAUGUUCUAUUCAUCGAUGCACCUGUCUCCGGUGGUGCAGGCCGGGCCGCAGACGGCACUCUCUCCAUCAUGGCGGGCGCCUCAUCUGCCGCGUUUUCAAAAGGCCAAUGGCUACUCGAAGAAAUGUCCGCCCCUUCCAAGCUUUUCAUCGUUGAUGGUGGAAUCGGUGCUGGCAGCAACAUGAAGAUGGUUCACCAGGUGCUUGCGGCAAUCCAGAUCCUGUCUCUCAGCGAAGCAUAUGGAUUCGCUGCCAGACUGGGCCUGAACGGACAGGAUGUGUACGACAAGGUGCUGGGGAGUACGGGCUGGAGUUGGAUGUUUGAAAACCGCAGUCAGAGGACGCUGAAGGAGGACUAUUUCCCUGGGGCGAGUGCUGUAACGAUUAUCCUGAAGGAUACUGGAAUCAUCACAUCCAUGUCCCGCAGCGUAGCCUUCCCAGCCACCCUCUGCUCAGCCGCCGAACAAGUCUACUUCUCCGCCCUCGACCGCGGCUGGGGCGCCAACGACGACUCUGGCCUCGUCCGCCUGUGGACUUCCGAGCCCGUCACCAGCAUCCAAAGCAGCCUCUCAGCCGAGGACAAAGAAGCAAAGCUCCAGCUCGUAGUCAAUCUCCUAACCGGCAUCCACCUUGUCUCCGCAGCUGAAGCCAUCUCGCUAGCCAAGCACGUGGGUAUCCCAUUACCGCAGUUUUACGAACUGGCAUGUGAUGCCGCGGGUGGAAGUGCCAUGUUCAAGGAUGCGGGUGCGAAGAUGAUUGCUGUUUUGGAAGGCAAGGAGGACGGGAAGGGUAAGGUCCUUGGAGGGUAUGCGGAAUCGUUGAAGCAGGCUGUGGAUGAGGCGCAGGCGAUCAAGUGCCCUGUGUACCUUGGUACUGGCGCGUUGAAUCUUCUGUUGCAGACGGGCAGUGAGCUGAGUUUGGGUUCGUUGCUCAAGUGCUAUAUGCCAUAG